AUGGUUGUCUGUACUUUCUUCCAGCAGGGCCGAUGCAAAUUUGGAGACCGUUGCAAGUUUGAGCACCCUGGCCAAGGUACGGCCGGUUCAUCGGGCAACCGGUUUGGUGCUCUCGCUGCCGGUGGAUUUGGAAGUCAAGGUUCACGCCAAAAUAACCAACCAGCAGAAAGCUACAACCUGAAUGCUAAAGACAUCAAGCUGGAUUUGACAGCUGGCGAAGGCCGACCACAAUGGAUUUUUUCUGCAUAUGCGCCGUUGAAGGAUCUCCCACGACAGUUAUUUGGUGGCGAUCGGCGAGAGCAGAGCAUGGAAGAAAUGCGUCUUCGCCACUAUCAAGCUGCUGCUGCAGGGAACGCGAACCAGGCCUUACAAGAGGCCGAGGCUCUCUACCAUGAGUCGGUGAAACAGAUGGAAGAUGCGUUGAAUGACCCCAACGGUGCUAUCCAGUACAUCAUCCAAGGAGGUAAAGAACAUCCAAAUCGCAUCGACAUAGUCAAUGGAAACACUGGUUCAAAUGUGAACCAGGCGCAAUCGGCUGGUCAAACUUUCGGGCAACCAUCUGUCCCUGCCCCGGCCAAUGCAUUUGGAAGCGCUACACCGGCACCAUUUGGGCAGCCGUCACCAUUCGGGAAACCUACUUCUAGUCUCGGGCAGCCUUCUGCCUUUGGUCAGCCAUCAACCCUAGGCCAAAAUCCAUCGCCUUUUGGGCAGCCCUCAGCUAUUGGCGGACAGACUGCGUUCGGAAAGCCUGGCUUCGGCCAGCCAGAAUUAACACAACCUGUCACCAACCAGCCCACAUUCGGUCAAUCAGGUUUUGGACAGCCAACGGCUCCUGCUGCACCCUUCGGUGGCGCUCCAGCUUCCGCUUCCCCAUUUGGUGUAGUGAACCAAAAUGCCAAUCCUUCUCCGUUCGCCGCUGCUCGUCAGAACCCCAAUCCUUCUCCUUUCGGUGCUGUGAACCAAAACCCCAAUCCUUCGCCUUUCGGUGCUGUGAAACAGAACCCCAAUCCUUCUCCUUUCGGUGUCGUGAACCAGAAUGCCAACCCGUCGCCAUUUGGACAGCCAGCAGCUCAGCAACCUGCUGCACCCUCGCCAUUCGGCCAACCAUCAGGUACUGCAGGCACCUUUGGUCAACCUUCUCAGAACCCAUCGCCGUUCGGCCAACCUCAGCAAGCCAACACUCAAAAUCCAUUUGGCCAACCUGCUGCCACAGCAUCGCCAUUUGGAGCGCCGCAAGCUACUGCUGCUCCCUUUGGUCAGCCUGCAGCCCCUCAAGGAUUGCCGGUAGCAAGUUUGGAUGCUGGCCCGCCUGCAUACAUGCAAGCUGACGAUCCCAAAACUUUGAACCCCCUCCCACGUCUUCAGGGCGAGACAAGACGUGACCCGGUUUCAAACAAACUCACGAUGUGGAAAGGCCAGCCGGUUCAAUACGUCAACAAUGGUUACCCGUGUUAUCAACACCCGCAAGAUCCAAAGACAUUGGCUCGUAUCAACUUUCCUGAUGGGCCACCUGAUGCGGCUACGCUACGGGACUCUCAAGGAAAAGAUGAUGAGUACACACCCGAAGUCGUCGAGAUGUACCAAUUCUUCCUCAUUAAUGGAUACUUCAAGGAUGGCAUUGUCCCAGCGGUGCCACCCAAGCGAGAAUGGAUCAGCUUUGAUUUCUAA